AUGUUGUGUGAAGAACAGCAUGAAACCCCAUCGAAUCUGUACAGCAGUCGAGAUGUCCUCGAUGUGAAUGAAAAAUCAGGUGAAAAUCCAUUACCAACAUGUAUGGAAAAUACAGCAUCCGAAGGUCGUCAGGAAGAAGGUUCCUUCUGUCAAUCAGAGGAAAUUCAGAGUAAAAUUUUUAACAUUAACGUACGUUUUCCUUGUCUUAAUUCAUUCAACGUAAUUAAAAUUAAUGUAGAAGAAAUUGAAGAACUCCGUCGGCGAGAUGAAGAAGAGUGUCGCCUUAAGCAACAAUUUGUUAGGAGUAGAAUCGACCAACACCUGAUCCAGAAUGGAGGAGACCUUUCUCUUUUGCUUAGUCAACAUACUGUGCCUAAUGAAGUGAAGUGCGUCCAGCUAACUCACUUCGGUCAAACGAAAAAUAUACAAUCGGACAAAGUACCGCUACCCUUACCGAUGAAAGGCGAUGUCCUCAUUCGUUCUCAUUCCUGUGGAGUUAAUUUCCACGACACUAUGACGCGCAACGGAAUUCUGGACAAUUGGGUUCGAUCCACGAAGCCUCCUUUCAUCAUGGGAAGUGAAGUCGCUGGUGAAAUCGUUGGAUUGGGAAAAAAUGUUACUGAUUUGAAGUUAGGAGAUCGUGUUAUGGCUCUUCCGGAACGCAAAGCCUGGAGUGAAUAUGUUGUCUGUCGGGAGGAAUACUGCUUCAAAAUUCCUGAUCAGAUGAGCUAUCACGAAGCUGUAGCUUUGACCGUCGAUGGAAUCGUAUCCCAUUCUUUGCUUUUCCAAAUGGGUAAUCUAAGUCCCGGCAAAGCUGUUCUCCUACACUCGACUCCUGGGGGAUUGGGGACUUUGGUGACUCAAAUGGCGCGCAUCGUGCCCAAUACUCGCAUCUUUAAAAUUACCACGGAAAGGAUGGAUGGCAAACAUGUCGAGUCUUCAGAUCAUGCAGUUCACUACAUUGAGCGUGACACAGACUAUGUUUCUGAGAUCCGUAACAGCUACCCACACGGAGUUGAUUUAGUCUUAGAUGGUCUACACGAGUCUAAUUUCCAUCGGGAUUUUAAUCUGCUGAGUCCCAUGGGCAAAUAUGUUCUCUUCGGAAAUCGAACAACUAACGGCGGACUCUUCGACACCGCAAAAUCUGUAAGUAUGAUCAAGUGUAAUUAUUUCUGUUAUCUGGCUUACCGAUGUCUGAAAAUUAAAAUCUUCUAUUUUCAAUUUUAUUUGCAGUGGUUGGGGCAGGAAAAAGUAACGCCAUUGAAACUCUACGAGGAGAACAAGAGUGUCUGUGGCUUCAACCUGCGUAAUCUGUUGUACUUCCAGAAGGAUCGCCGCUACAUCCGCGAAACAUUCGACAAAGUCUGUCAAAUGUGGCAAGACGGGGAAAUUCAAGCCGUUUUCGAUUGCAUCCUUCAAUUUGAUGACUUUAAUGAAGCACUGCAGCACGUACAAGAGCAUGGACAAGUUGGCAAAGUAAUUCUUGAUCCAAGAAUUUCGAAAGAAGAUUCGCUUAACGAGCGUGACUACUACUUGUUGGCAAAGAAGAACGUAAAACACCGACGGAGACAGGAAAAAUCUUUGGUGAAGAAAUUAGAGGAUGAGAUGGCGAAACGAGAAAAAACAUCAUGGGAGGAUGAAGAAGACGAAGAAGAUGAAGAAGACGAAGAAGACGAUGAAGACGACGAUGAAGAAGAAGAAGCGGAAGAGGAGAAGGAACCAUCGGCAACGCUGCGAUAUGAUGAUCCUGAAAAUAUUACCUUGCCAACUAGCAAGAAAGAAGAGGAGAAUUUAGAGCGCAAGAUUUCGCCUGAUUUGCAUGAAGGAAAUGAACACAAGCACGUGCACGGAUUUUUGGGAAAACUGCGCGAGGUGUUCUCUCCCAAUGUUUAGAACGUUAGUUUCUUAAAAUAGUAAUCGAUUUGAUUGUUGAAAACGAAUUCAAAGAAGGAUUAUUGGCGCUAUUUUUCUACUAGAGUUAGUUAGCACUCCUUUCAUACAAAAUUUUAGAUAAUUUUUAAUGAAAGGAAUUUAAACAAACUUUUAUUAUGAUUUUCUAUUUCUAAUAAAUUUGCACUGACGCAAAUAGAUCAACAA